UAGGCUGGAGAGAGUUGCAGAAGACAUCUGCUGCCGCUAUGGCUGCCACCACCACCGCCUCCGGAGCCCAACCCUCCGCCUCCACCGCUGUCCCUCCUCCGCUAAGCGACGCCGACAUCGUGCGCCUCGCCCGCGAACACCCCCAAACAAGCGCACCUCCACCCUCAUUCCUCCUCUCCCCUGAGUCCCACUCCACCCUCGUAUCUUUUCUGCGCUCCCGUUCCUCCUCUCCCUCGCCCUCUCCCUCCGUCGCGGAGUACGUCACCUCUCUCCUCUCCCUCGUCUCUGUCUCUCCUCCCUCCCCUUCUCUCUCCUCCCUCCUCUCCUCUCUCCUCCUUUGCUACCUCCAUCUCUUCAUCUCCCGCAAAAUCCCCCACGACUCCAACUCUCUCAAGACCCUCCAGCUCUUCGCUCAACAAAUCGAGAACCUACCGGCUCAGUCACUGCCAUCUGUCGCCGACACGUUGGUCUCCGCCUUGCCCCAAAUUGCCGAUGCCGAUGAUGGCCAGACCCUGGACCUCCUCCCGCGGUGCCUCGACCUGAUUCGCCAAUCCGAGGAGAUUGAAAACAACGCCGAUCUCGUUAAUUUGGUACUCGACCGUAUUUGUUCUUGUAAAUGGUCUAAUGCUCUGCUGAUAAAGAUGGUUUCGCUUCUCCGGGAAUUUUCGUUUGUUGAUAGGUCCAGGACUCUGGAAUUUGUAGAGAAGGUGUUUGUUGGAAUGCCCAAUCUGGACUUGCAGGAUUUGCCGUCGUUUGUUUACCAGCUGCUGGUUUUGGCAUCAAAAAGGUUUUGCAAGAGGGAAUUGGUUGAAGGGAUUGUGGUGUUUUUUGGGUCGAAGAUGAAGUCGUCAAAUGCAACCUCAAUACUCAGGCAGGUUGAGGGGACUGUGUUGCUUCAUGUGAAUUUUGCCGUGAAGCAGGAUCCUUCUUUGGGACAAGAGGUUAUGGGUCUCGUGAGAUCGGAUUUAAGGGUUUUUAACCAUUUCACCGUUGCAGUGCUUCUAUCUGUUGCAAGGGUUUCGAGGUUCAGUGCAAGUUCGAUGGGAAUUUUGAAGAAGGCACUGCUCACUGCCUACUGCGAUCACAAGUUUACUAAAGAUUUUAGAUGGCUACCAGAUGAUUUGAAGGAAGAAUAUUUACAGAGAGUCAAAAUAUUAGAGAAGGCUGUCUUAAGAGCUGUUAAUGAGAGCAACUAUGGAAGGGAGCAUAUCCUGCCCAGCAUUGUAGAAUUUGGUUUUGCAGUGCUAGAAUCAUCAGAAGAGGGCAACCACAAAGAACUCUAUAAGUCUGAUGGUCUGAUGGGUAUCGAGGAGCUUGGUAUUCAGAUGCUGAAAACUUUAUUUGAGGUUCAUGAUAUGGCAAGAAAUGAGAUUAUUGAACAAUGCAAAUUUCGCAUCCUUUCUCUGAAGCCUGAACACAGCAUGCCAAUAAUAAAGCUGCUUGGUUAUCUGGUUCAGAGUUAUCCUUAUCCAAUGUUAGAACAUGUUUCCCGUUUGAAGGACUUGUUGGAUUAUUUUACUUUUAUGCAAGGCAAGAUUGCCAUGUAUCUCGUUAUUGCUCUAUUGCCUCUUGUUAAAUUCAGCCGUGAUCUUCAGGAUUACACAAUAUUGGUCUUGAGGAAGGCUAUGUUUAGGCGAGAAGAUGCAGUUCGUCUUGCUGCAACUAAUGCCAUUGUUAGUCUCCUAUUGGCAGAAAAAAAAUUUAAAAGAGAUACUCUGUAUUCUUUUCAAGAGUCUUCAAGCCAAGCCAGUUGCAGCCAGCAAGCUGAGAUACCAUGCAACAGGAGUAAUGUUCUCUUUCAGGAGCUUAAUGGAUUGCUACAGAGAUGCCUUUAUCAGCAGGCAAAAGUCAAAGAGAUUGUAUACCGUGGGCUUGUGAAAAUUGUUUUGAUGGAUUCUUCAGCUGCAGGGGCUGUAUUUAAUUUUCUCUUGCCUCAUUUCCUGCGCUUUUACACGGAGGAUGCAGAUGUUCCACUUGACAUUAGCUCUUGUAUUAAAUCAGGAAGUGGAAAAGUUUGUAUUGAAGAGCCAUUAGGUUGUCUUCUAUCAUGCAUCUCAUGGAUUCUUCUACUUCAGCAACAGGAAGAAACUGAUCGGCGCUCAGACUCUUCAUGGGCAUGUUUUGGUUUCACCCUUUCACAGGAGAAUGAGUCAGAAAGAAUUUUUUCUGGAGAAUCAUUUUCCAAUGCAUUAUUGAGGAUUCGGAAGCUUUUAAGAAAGGGAAACUUGGAAGGCAUUCUUGCUCAGGUGCAGGAUGCAGGCUCACUUGAAGAAGAUAAGGGCAGAUACUGUGCUUUUGUUUUAUCUGGAAUUGUUGAGGUGAUGCUAAAUAUUAUUGCCGCUGAGUUGAAGAAUGCAACAGAUGCAAAAAAGGCAGAUCUUGAGAAGGAACUUAUUGACUUUGUUGAUCUUUAUGAUUUGUUGGAGAAGGAUAUACACAUGUCAAAACAAGGUACUGGAAUCAGACAAGGAAAUCUAAGAGUUACUGUUCAUGAUGUUCUGGAAAAUCUUGAUUUGGGUCGCACAAAGUUGUUUCAAGAAUGGACACCCUUUUUAUGCUCUUCAAGCAUUCACCAAUUGUUGCAGACAGCACUGGAAUUGAUUAAUAUUGAUUGCGCUGAUAAUGUUGCAAUUUCUCAGAAGAACAGCCUUUCCUCUUCAGGCAAGACAUCACUGGGCUAUUCUAAAAUUAUAUCCUUUGUUUUGAAUGCUUCCCUUCGUCAGAUAAAGUCUUUCCCUUCUAUGGAAAAGGAUGAUCUGUUUAACACCUUGAUAUAUGGGGAUAUCAGGAUUUUGGGGCCUCCGUUGCUGAAGCUGGUUUGGCUGCUUAAGUCAGGAUCAAAGCUAGAGAUUGAUCAAAAGAAGAAAGAGGGUAAAGGAAGGAAGGAUGCUGAAGAUAGAAAGGAGCACAUUUAUUUAGCCUUAAUUUGCUUGAAGGAAUUGAUAAAAUUUAGUAUUCAGAGUCCACUCCAUACAGGGGUGUUUGAAGAGUUGGUAUUAGUCUCAACAACUGUGUAUUCAUCGAUAGAUAUUGUAGAUGCUGGGAAGGAUGGUGAAUGUGGGUCAACCUCUAGAAUUGAUGAUCAAAAUAUAAGAAGUAAAGAAUUGUUUAUUGAGAAAAGCAUAAAGCCAUUGUUCUUUGAGCUACUAGCACUCUCAUUUUUUCGUGAAAUUGAGGUUCUCUGUGACAUAAUAUUGAUGGUGGGGAAAAGUCUACCUCCCAAUUGGAGGAAUUCCCACGGAGAUUGGGCGGCCUAUAUCUGCAGAAGCAGUGGCAUUACGAAUCCCAAGGUUGCAGGAAGCAUGGUUAAGCUUGCUCUCUGUUUAAUCUCACCCACAAAUGAUUUGUUUUUGGCUCAUGAAAUGGCUGCGGAGCUGUUAGCGGUUGUGGGAUCAGAGAGUAGCAGUCCAGUGGAGAAGUCUGAAACAUGCCCCAUCAUCAAUUGUUCAACAACUACGGCUAUUGUUUCUUCUAUUCUGAAGAUACUAGAAUCAGCGGUUGCAGAGACAGAGUGGGGCACAACAAAAUUGAAGACAAUCUCUCUAGUUGCCCAGAAAAGCACUUCGUUUGAUCAGGAUGGAGAACAUGUCUUUCUGUUAGCAUUCGAAGAAAGUCUUUACAGGAGGUUUGAAGGUGUUGUGAGAGUACUAUCCUGUUUUGUGUUGAUGAGCCUUAAAGACCCUCAAGCAGAGCACUUACUUAGAUUGGCUGCAAGGGUUUACAAGCAAUUAGCUCGGAUUACAAAGCUUCAAAUUGCCCCGCGAGGUUGUAAGCAGCUUUUACCAAGCCUAAGUUUCCAGAAGGUUGUAGAACAAACUUGCACAGAGUUCACUGGUCCUCUGUAUAACUUUGUUGCACAGAUUCAAAAGAGACAGCAAGAGAAUGUGAAGAGCAAGGGAAUUAUCAACAAGAUUAAAAGGGAGAAUAGAUGCAUACCAGACCUGAUAUACCACAUAGAAGAUUAUGAAAAUUUUCUCAUCCAGCUUAGCAAUGUAAGCAAAGUUAAUUUGUUGAGGUGUGCGAAACGUAGUACCAACAGAGACUUCAAAAUAUUAGACCCACAUGAUAUUGUUGAGGACAAUGGCCCUCCCAAUCAUAACAAUGACAAUGCAGCUCAAGAUGAAUCAUGUGAGGAAUCUGAUGACAGUGAUGAAAGUGAAGGUGGAUCAGAGAAGGUGUUGUCACCUGAGGCCAGCAGUCCUUUGGCUGCAGAAGAUCCUGCAUCCGAUGAAGAUCAAGCUGCCCUUCCUAAGACAAAGAGGGCAAAGAUGAGCAAAGUUGUGCAGGAUUCAGAUGAUGAAUCAUAGUCGAGAACAGGAAGGGUUUUGUUAAGCGCAUGCUAACUAAACUAACAAUUGAGCUACAAUUGUAUAUAUACAUGUUUUGUUGUCUCUAAUUAGGAAAAUGUCAUUUGGUUGGAAACAAAAGAAAUAGCCUAUAGGCAUACUCCCAAUGCUACUUGUUAAUUAUCAAUUACAUGUGCCCUUAAUGAACGUGACAGAAUUUCCCAUAUUUCAAGAUAAAAUGUCCUUUUUUCAUUCAGUAAUU